AUGUCGGCCCAAGAGUAUUACCAGCAAGGCCCGCCGCAGGGCUACAACAGCCCGCCGCCGCAGGGCUACGGCGCCCCCGCGCCAGGGCCGUAUCCGCAGCAGUAUCCCCAACAUCCUCAACCUGCGUAUCCCGGACCAGCACCGGGCCCGCAAGGCUACCAUUACCCUCCCCAGGGUCAAAUGCAAUAUCAGGAGCAGCCGCGUGCGCGAGGGGUCGUUUAA